UUUUUUCUUCUUACUUGUUUGGGUUCAGUGAAGUGAAACGCUGUGAAGAAGGAAAAAAUGGCUUCUUCUCCUUCUUCGAUGUGCGCUUCUUACUCUUCAGUAAUCUCGAGACCUUUUUAUAACUCUCAACCGCAAUUCGCGUUCUUCCGUACCGGGAAACUCGGUUCGGUUCCCGAUUCGGGUGGGAGGUUCAGGUGUAUGGCUGGUCAAACCGGAUUCUUCACGAAGCUUGGGAGGCUAAUAAAGGAGAAGGCGAAGAGCGACGUUGAGAAGAUAUUCUCCGGCGGGUUCACGAAGACGCGGAAAAACCUCGUCGUCAUCGACGAGCUUCUUCUCUAUUGGAAUCUCUCCGACACCGAUCGAGUACUCGACGAGCUCGAAGAGGCUCUUUUGGUGUCUGAUUUUGGACCAAAAAUCACUAUUAAGAUAGUGGAGAUUUUGCGUGAGGAUAUAUUGUCAGGGAAGCUCAAAUCAGGCACCGAGAUAAAGGAAGCACUGAAACAGAAUGUCUUGGAUUUGUUGACCACUAAGGGGAGUAAAACUGAACUUCAACUUGGAUUCAGGAAGCCAGCUGUAAUAAUGAUAGUUGGUGUUAAUGGUGGUGGAAAGACAACAUCUCUGGGAAAGCUGGCGUAUAGACUGAAGAAAGAAGGGGCAAAGAUACUGAUGGCUGCUGGUGAUACAUUUAGAGCAGCUGCUAGUGAUCAGCUAGAGAUAUGGGCUGAAAGGACUGAUUGUGAGAUUGUUAGGGCUGAAUCAGAGAAAGCCAAAGCAUCAUCAGUGCUUACACAAGCUGUGAAAAAGGGAAAAGAACUAGGUUUCGAUAUUGUUUUAUGCGAUACAUCUGGACGUUUACACACUAAUUACAGCCUAAUGGAAGAAUUGAUUUCUUGUAAAAAGGCAGUGAGCAAAGUCGUUGCUGGUGCCCCUAAUGAGAUCCUACUGGUUCUGGAUGGAACUACAGGUUUGAAUAUGCUGCCACAGGCAAGAGAGUUCAAUGAGGUUGUAGGUGUUACGGGUUUAAUUUUGACCAAGCUGGAUGGUUCUGCAAGAGGCGGUUGUGUGGUCAGUGUUGUUGAUGAGCUUGGAAUCCCUGUUAAAUUUGUGGGUGUUGGUGAACGUGUAGAAGACCUUCAACCCUUUGAUGCAGAGGCCUUUGUCAAUGCCAUCUUUUCGUAAACCAAUGUUAGGUUAUGUUAAUAUGGAUCAUUUAUUAGCAGAAAAGCUUGGCAUGGAUAUGAAGAGCCAAUACCAGGUCAUAGGAAAGACUGGCAGUGAAGCCAUGCUUAGGAGAGGGAAGGCAAUCAACGCAUUACAAAGCUGUGUAAAUGAUUUUGUGGUGCAGAGACGAUAAAGCUGUGUAGACGAUUUUGUGGUGCACGUUAGGGUGUAUAGAAACAUUUUUCAUUCUCUGUGGCUCAAAGAUUUUGACAACACAAAGGUGUUUAUAUGAUGUGCAUGUAAACAUGUGCCCCAUUGUUUGUAAUAUAUCUGUUUGAUUAAUGAUAUGUUUUUCUUGCUUAGAUUUCUCA